AUGUCAAAUAUGACUACCUCAGUAAAGGAUAGACCAGACUUGACGUUUGAUAACCAGCAAGGCGAACAAGGAUUUUGUGCCUUUAUCAGAGGGCUUCCGCAGAAAUCGAAUAACACUAUACGAUUAUUCGAGAGAAGUAAUGGGGAUUAUUAUAGUAUUCAUGGAGAUGAUGCUUUGUAUGUCGCACGAGAUUUUUAUAAAACUUCCUCUGUGAUUAAAUACUUGGGCGGUGAUAUGAAUAAGGGAAUUCCUAGUUGCACGUUAUCACGUUUGGCAUGCGACACAUUUUUACGUGAUGCUUUAUUAAAUAAACAAAUGAGAAUUGAGAUUUGGGUUCAAGGAUCAAAGGGUCAAUGGAAAUUAGUUAAGAAUGCUUCUCCAGGAAAUAUUCAGGCAUUUGAAGAUCAUUUAUUCUCUGAUGUUGAAAUUUCAGCCUCCCCUAUAGUAUUAUCAGUUAAAUUAGGAAUUCAAAAAGAACAAAAAAUCGUUGGUGUUUCCUUUGCCGACACAACAAUAAGAGAAUUAGGUGUGUCAGAAUUUAUUGACAAUGAAUCGUUUUCAAAUUUUGAGUCUUUACUUAUUCAACUUGGAGUGAAAGAAUGUGUGAUUCCCUUAGACGAAAAAGAUUAUGAUUUAUUAAAAUUAAGGGAUAUCAUUGAAAGAUGUGAUAUUGUUGUCACUGAACGCAAGAAAAGUGAUUUUACAACCAAGGAUAUUGAACAAGACCUUAAUCGCUUGCUGGGUGAUGAUAUAUCUGUGGUGACUCUUCCCGAAUUUGAGAUGAAGCAUGCUAUGGCUUCCUGCGCAAGUCUUAUUAAAUAUCUAUCGCUUAUGACCGAUGAAAAUAAUCUUGGCCAUUACAUUUUGAGACAUCAUGAUUUGUCACAAUAUAUGAAAUUAGAUACUCCAGCUUUAAAAGCAUUGAAUUUGAUGCCAAAUACCCAAGAAGAACUAAGACAAUCAUUGGUAGAAAUCUUGGUGGAGGAUACGGAACUUAGACUAUCUAUACGGGAAGAACAUUUGAAAAACGUUCCUGACCUUCAUCGCUUAGCAAAACGAUUCCAAAAGAGAAUAGCAUCGUUACAAGAUGUUAUACGUGUCUAUCAAGUAGUAUUAAAGCUUCCCAAGUUGAUUGAAGCUUUAGAAUUGUUUGAUUCCAUGAAUGACUCUAACAAAGAACUUAUUGAUGAAAUAUAUAAUAUAAAACUCAAAGAACAUUACAGUGAACUUGAAAAGUAUCAAGAGAUGGUUGAAACUACAAUUGAUUUGGAAGCCGCAGAUCAUCAUCAUUUUAUGAUUAAGGCUGAUUUCAAUCCGGAGUUAAAGGGAAUCCAAGAUAAAAUUAACAAAGUCAAAGAGGAAAUGGAUGAAGAAUAUGAAAAGGCAAGAUCUUUUACAAAUCUAUCAUUAUUACAAGAUGAUUGGAUAUUAAUAUUAUCUGUAUAUAGGUUGGAAAGAAUCUUGACAUGGACAAAAAAUUGCAUCUUGAAAAACAAAAUACUCAUGGAUAUUGAUGCAACUUGUAUCCGUGGAAAAAAACAAUAUCUUGAACUUGCUACGCAGCGUAAUGGCGUAUUUUUUACAACCACUAAAUUAAGACAACUGAGUACAUCGUAUUUUGAUAGUUUAGAUAUAUAUGAAAAGGAGCAAAGUUUAUUAGUCAAAGAAGUCAUUGAUAUAGCAGCAUCUUAUUGUCCUACUUUGGAAACUUUGAAUGGAUUAUUGGCUCAUCUUGAUGUCAUAGUUAGUUUUGCACACGUUUCGGUUCAUGCGCCAAUACCAUACGUUCGUCCCAAAAUGUAUAAUAAAGGUGUAGGAGAUGUUGUAUUGAAAAAUGCACGUCAUCCUUGUAUAGAAGUGCAAGAUGAUGUUUCAUUUAUACCAAAUGAUGUUAGCUUAAUAAGAGGUCAACAUGAAUUUUUAAUUAUUACGGGACCAAAUAUGGGAGGAAAAUCAACUUAUAUCCGCCAAAUUGGUGUUAUCGCUUUGAUGGCGCAAGUUGGUUGUUUUGUCCCUUGUACAGAAGCAAGUCUUUGUAUAUUUGAUUGCGUUCUUGCAAGAGUUGGCGCCGGUGAUAGUCAACUUAAGGGUGUCUCUACAUUUAUGGCGGAAAUGUUGGAAACGGCAAAUAUUCUAAAGACUGCAACCCCAAAUUCUUUGAUAAUUAUCGAUGAACUUGGAAGAGGAACAAGCACUUAUGAUGGAUUUGGUUUAGCUUGGGCAAUUUCAGAAUAUAUUUCGACGCAUAUUCGAUGUUUUUGUAUGUUUGCGACGCAUUUUCAUGAAUUAACAACAUUGAGUGAAGAAGUUCCUUAUGUAUGUAAUUUACACGUCACGGCACAUAUUGGGUCAAACUCUUCGGGUGGACGAGAUAUUACAUUAUUGUAUAAAGUCAAUGAAGGUGUUUGUGAUGAAAGUUUUGGUAUUCAUGUUGCGGAAUUGGCAAAUUUUCCUGAUACUGUUGUUAAGCUUGCAAGAAGAAAAGAGAAGCAACUGGAAGAGGUUACCAAACACGAAGAAAAGGACGAUAAAGAAAAAUUCUCUAAAGAAGUUAUCGAGAAAGGAAGUACUAUUAUUGAAGAAUUUUUUAAAGAAAUAGCAAAUACUCCUGAUAUAGAUUUCAUGGAUUAUAAAUCAAUAUUGGAACGUAUUUCUACGGUUAAAAACCAAUAUCAAGAAAAAAUCGAGAAUAAUUCGUGGUGUCAGGAGGUUAUCUCCAGAUUUUGA